UGGCAAUUCCAUCGAUGAUGUCACGAAAUAAAGAAGUUUGAUAGCUUUAAAGUUACGCUAAAUGGGAAUUGUAUAUGAAAUAAUGCAACAAUUGUUGAUAUAACUAGGUCGUAUCAGCUAUCAAACCUCUCUCGCGCUUACACUCAUGUUUCCCAGUAAAUCAGUACAUUAUAUACGCUUGAACGAGUCAUCAGCUUUGCAAUGCGUGGUAUUCCUAGAUAGCAAACACCGUGCUUGGUUUAAUAGACGCAUUCUCUUGAACGUUAUCGAAGACGUUAAACGUCUCUAUAUGCCUAAAUUACUCGCUGAAAUGCAACACGGGAGAGAAGAACUGGAUACAUACAGGAAUAACGGCUAUCAAUUCGCAUACUAUUACAAACCAACGCGGGAGAAACAAGGAGUUAUAAAGAAAACCCGCCAAGUACGAUAUAUACCAACCUCGAAACGUACGGUACAGCAGACAACAGACGAAGAAGAUCUCUUUAUCGACGAUGACGAUCUUCAAUACGAACAAAAACCCAAACCGAAAGUAGAGACAAGUUAUAAGAUGCUAAAACUAUUCGCAAAGACAUUACAUGUAAUCGUACAACCUGAUCAAGCAACAGAGCUACAACCAUCGAUAUUGCCCUCACCUGAACCCGAAAUAGUGCAAAUAGAAGAUAAUAAUCAAACCAACCUAUCUGAAGUGUUACAGCCGAGCGAAGACGUCAAACCAGACAUCAACGAGUUAAUGAUACCAAACAGUCAGGAACUCCCUUCAUCUACGCAAGCAGCACUCAACGAUUUCAACUUUGAUGCGAGUAGCUCAUUAAUGCUAUCGCAAAUGUUACAAAAUGGUCAAUUUGGCAACAGGAUGGUUGAUAAUGAUGAUGAUAAUGUGUAUGAAUAG